CACUGCUCUUCACUACUACUAGUGACAGUGGGUGCCUGAGUGUGACUUCUACUCCUCGCCUAAAACAAGUGUUCAUUCUUUUUAGUUCAAGAGUAGUAAAGAUGACGAUUACACGUGAAGAUGUGAAGAAGCUCAUUGCCUCUGAUAAGGUUGUGAUUUUCUCCAAGUCCACCUGUCCAUACUGUAAAAAGGCCAAGGAGAUCUUUCAAAAACUUGAGCAGUCUUUUACUGCUAUUGAAUUAAAUGAAGCGUACAAAAAGGAUGAGAUGGAUACUAUUCAGGACAUUCUUGCAGAGAUCACUGGAGCUAGAACCGUCCCCAGGGUGUUUAUAAAUGAAGAAUUCAUUGGGGGAUGUAGUGAUAUCCAGCAAUUAAAUGACAGUGGUGCACUGGUCAAGAAACUGUAAUCAUCAAAAUAAUGUGUCUGCAUUCAAGGGCUUUUCAUAAAAGCCUUUUCUUGAUUUAACCGAAGCAUUUAUUAUGGUCUUGUAUACUUAUUUUGUUAAUUAAAAAAAGAGAAUUAUUAAAAUGUAAUUAUACAGUGCCUGAAGAAGGCUAAUUUUGCCAAUUACUGUGAUUAUCUUUAUAAAAGAAUGGAUCAAUAAAUCAGGCAAUUAAGAUAAAGCUGACUUUUUUUAAGGGGGCUCCUUCACGAA